AUGCAGGGUCUGCGGCGAACGCUGCUCCACCUACGAGGCGCACUCCAGCGGUCGAGACGCUUGCCCUGCUCUUGCUAUCCUGCUGGAGCGGUCUCGCUCUUUGCUCUGCCUGAGCGAGAGACGGUCACGGGUGCUCACAGAGGGAACACUUCAGGACGACAGGCCCUAGCGAGUUGUACGUCACGCUUGAUGACGAGCUUGCGUGCUCGUCUGCGGGAGCGGAUCGACUGGCAGUCGAGCCUGCCACUUCUGGACGCGUUGGUGGACGCUCGCCGGACAAUGUUGUCCCCGGCUUACUUAGCUCAAUAUGCUGCUGCAUCAGCAGCAGCUGCCGGGCUCUAUGGAGCAACUGCUUGGACUGGCGAUGCAACGGAUGAUUCCAGAACCGGUGCUAGAAACGACACAUCAACUAACGGUGAACGCAAGUUGGCUACUUCGUCACUCCCGACUAUUACAGAAGCGAGCACCGCUAACGGAACCCGAUCCGACGGGCCGUACCGAGCACCACCUAUCACCGCUCGAGUGGUGGAACGAGCCGGACGUCGGGUUGCGUCUCGGGAGGGACCUCAUCACAUAGGACUCGGCUGGUUAACGACUGUCGCUUCAGCUGGUGCGAAGGCACUAGCUCUGAUUCUAGUGCAGACGCUUAUUGCCGGUGCAGUGAUGUAUGUUUGGACGCAUCCACAGGCACUGUUGACCGCCUCGCUGAUCGCCAUGAUUGCGUACGCUUCGAAUCCGACAGAAACGAGCUUCCUCGAAUGGAGUCGUCGGAAGGCACCGGUUAUUGCUGCUCAGAAACAGGGAUUUGACGCCUUUCGAACUCGUCUGGCGCCCUACCUCCUUCGCUUUCAGGACUGGGAGUACUUUGAUUUUGGUUUGUUCAGUGUUGUUCGAGUCCGUGAUUUUGCCGACUACGUCUACCUUUACAUCGGUGUGCUGAAUCGAUGGUAUUUGACGGGUUGGUACCUGGAUGCCCCCGAAACAGAUAUCCGAUGGGAGGAAGUGCGACAAGCCAAUGGUAGCCGCUCAUAG